AGUUGCUUGUAUUGACAUGCCACCUCGCGCCACGUUCCUGCCUCGAUGAGGCUCCUCCCAGGUUCAUAUACAUCGGUGCUACUCAUGCUCACCCCUUUGGUCUCGUCACUCACCUUCAGCCCAGUAUCGGUGACGGACUCGAACAAAGCCAAUGAGUAUGGGCUCGGGACGGCAGCACUCGUGUGUACCAUCGUCAGUCUGCUGGCUUCUAUUCUCUGCAUAUGUUGGUUCUGUCGUAUGGAGCAGCGACUUCGUCACAGGUUGGCUGUGAUACUGAUAUAUGGCGACCUUACGCGUGGAACAUGGCUGUUCGUGUUUACCAUCAUCUUGCUAGCUCGUGGAACAGUCAGAACACGGAGCACCUUCUGUCAAGUCGGCGGAUUGCUGGUACAGUACGGAACGCAAACAAGUGGUCAGUAACGUUGUUGAUUGAGUACACCAUCUGACACGAGGCCCAGACUGUGCUGUUCUAGUGAUGGCCCUGCACAGCGCAAUACAAGUCUUCUUCUCAUCAACACUAGUCACAUCUGUAUGGUCUGUAG